CUUUAAUUUCAGCUGAAAUCGGGAUCAGCUAAAACCGGUCCAUGGCCCCUCUCCUUCUUCUUUCUGCCUGUAUACUAUUCGGAGAGAUAUAUAUUUAAUUAUAAGAAAAAAUUAAUUUUUUGAAAUGUAAUGUUUGCAAGUGCAUUAUAAGUGUAUCAUGAGCUAUGCAAUUAGCUACACUGAAAGGCUAAAGGUACAAGAUAAAGAUGAUUGUUUAUAUACUUUAUAUGAUAUGUGCAAUUGGAUUGAUCUUGAAAAACCAGCAAUAGAGUAUUAUAAUUUACAAGAAAUUAAGAUUAUAAAUUACAAUGAACUACAAGCUGCAACGCAAGCAGUCUCUAAUUGUUUGAAAUGUAUACAAUUUCCUGAGUUUAUCGGUAUCAAUUUUGAUAUCUUAGAAUACUGCGUGCCUUCUUUAAUGCUUGGGAUUCUUGAUAAUGGCAGUGCUUUUUUUAAUGUUCCUUCGGAUAUGCAAACUUGUCAAGAUAUAUUGAUUGCUUUACAUGUAAGAUAUAUCUUCAGCAAAUAUGUGAUAUCCAACAGAGAAGUUGUAUGCCAAUUGAAUAUUCAUGGGCAGUCUGUAUACUUGACAAAAUUGAUACAUGUCCCAGAAAAUAUUAUUGGUAAUAGAAAAUGGCAACAAUUUGCAUAUGCAAUUGCUACUUCAGGAUCAACUGGAUUACCAAAAAUUGUUAAAAUUCCUCAUUCCUGUAUAGUACCUAAUAUUAUAGACUUGAAGAGAAUUCUUGAUAUGACAGAGUGUGAUAAAAUAGCCCAAUUAACAAAUUUUACUUUUGAUCCAUGUAUUGUUGAAAUUUUCUUAAGUCUUUCAUGUGCUGCAACAUUGUUCAUGGUGUCAAAACAAUUAAAGAAUGAGGUAAACAGGCUCUUGGAAAAAAUAUACCAUGCUCAUGUAACAGUUCUUCAAAUUACUCCUUCAUUACUCUUUCAUAAGUGGUCCACAGAAUGUUUAAAGACAACAAUAUUUGAUAAGGAUUCUUACUUGAGAGUUCUUCUCUUAGGUGGAGAACCAUUUCCUAAUACUAAGUUACUUUCUAAAGCUAGUCAUCCACAAAAUAAGACACGAUUGUUUAACAUUUAUGGUAUAACUGAAGUAUCAUGUUGGUCCAGUGUUAAUGAAGUUAUUAGAAACAGUGACAUAGAUGAAUCUUGUAUUGGUGAACCUUUAUCAGGAACUAUGUUUCAACUCAAGAAUGAGGAUAACGAAAUAGUAACUAGAGGCAGCGGCUUUCUUUAUAUUGGAAGUUCUAGUAGAAUUUGUAUUAUUGGAGAUGAAAUUGAAGACAACUUGUCUAAGCCAGUUUUUCGUGAUACUGGUGAUAUUAUUUCAAUAGAUGACCAUGGUAGGAUGUUUUAUAAAGGAAGACGAAAUAAUGUGGUAAAAAGAUUUGGAAACAAGAUAAAUUUACGGGAACUCGAGAAGGUCGUAACAGAAUUAAAUUUUGUACGGAAUUGUGCUGUGCUCUGGGACACAGAAAGCCACAAAUUAUAUCUAUGUUUAUCUACGGCGAAAACUAAAGAAUUUAUCAACUUGAAGAAUGACAUAAUAUCGCAUUUAAGGAUAUUACCAGCGAUCUAUAAACCUGAUAAAAUAAUUAUAGUGGAACAAUUUGAUUUUACUACUAGUGGAAAAAUUUGUCUGUCGUCACUGAGAAAAGUGUGCAAAGACUCUGAAACGGAAGUUACCAGUGCAAAUAAUUUGCAUGCUGAUGUGGGUGAAAUAUUUCAAAAUUUAUGGAAUCAGCAUAUAAAAUCUAAAAAUGUUGGUUUUUUAACGUCAGGAGGAACGUCAAUAACAGCACUUCAGAUCUCAAGUGCUGUUGUUGAGAUGUUUAAAAUGGAAUUUCCCGAAUUGAUUGGUAUGCUGCUAAAGGACGUUACGUUUACCAAGUGCGUUAAUUAUAUCAGAACCACUUUAGCCAACCGAGAUUGGAACGAGAACUUCAAUCGAUACAUUGGCGUUUCUUAUGAUGACAAGAUCCAAAAUACCUUUAAUACAGAAAAAGUCAUGAUAGAAAAGUCAGUUUUGAAUAAUUUUCCAAUAUUGACAAAUCGAAAUAAUUCUUAUCAAUAUAAAUGCAGAGGAAGAAUUGAUGGCGAUGUAUCAAUACAAGAACAAAACAUUAAAUUACUGUCGGCAAAUAUAUCGAGCAUUGAAGUAGUAGCAACUUAUAAUUUGCAGAAGUGCAUUGAUGCCUCGCCAACUGUGUAUUGUUAUUCCGCAUCAGAAUUAUUUGCAACAGUCGGUUCACAUUCUGGGAUUAUAUGUACAAUUAAUCUACUAGAAAUAAAUAGUAAACCGUAUGAGUUCAAGUUACCAGACAGAAUAGAAGCUUCUGUCUUAGUCUUAGCCGACUUUCAUGGAAUUGUAGGCUGUUACGAUGGAUAUAUCUAUUGUAUUCAUUUGAAAACCGGCAAAGUAAUUUGGAAGUUUCAAACGCAGGACAUGGUGAAAUGCACGGCGAUAACGUGUAUACAAAAGAGCAAGAUAUUUGUGGGUUCCUAUGAUCAUCAUGUAUAUUGCCUUUCAGUAAAGGAUGGAACUCAAAUAUGGAAAAAUAAAGUGAGUCAAGGUGGUAUCUGUGCUACUGGCUGUUUGCAUUUGCAAUCUGCUUCUAUUCUCUUCGGAACACUGGAUAGCACUUGUCUGGCUUUGCGGCAAUUUUCCGGGCAAGUUACAUGGAAACGUAAAUUACAAAACCCGAUUUUCGUCGCACCCACUGUUCUCCAAACUGGACACGUUUUAUUUUGCUCCGUAGCCGGAACGUUAUAUUGCUUCGAUAUCGAAACGGAUUGUCAGAUGUGGCGUUACGAGAUAUGCGGUAAUUUAUUUUCAUAUCCCGUGAGUACUCGCGUAUCCACAAGCAACGCUGAACAUGUUGUUCUAGCGAGUCACAAUAAACAUUUGUAUUGCUUGGAAAUGCCGCAAGCAAUAAUGAAAGAAAAAGAACCAAAAUUAAAAUACGCAUUACAGUUUCAUUCGUCUAUUUUCGCGACUCCUUGGUGCCAGGAUGAAUACAUGUUCGUGGCAUGUACGGACGGCACGUUCCAAGUGUUCGAUCUUUUGAACGGCAAAUUACUCGCAACUAAACAACUUCCCGGUGAAACUUUCUCCUCGCCGGUUGUUCAUAACGAUCUAGCUGUUUUGGGAUGUAGGGAUAAUAAUCUUUACGUAUUGAAGCUCAGUUGAAACGGAUCAGCAUUCUGUUUAAUGCAAACAGAUAUAUUAUUAAAAUUUUCGUUGAAGUUUCAUAUGGACGGAAUUGCAAAGGACACGAUUAAUACAAUAUCGUUUAUUCCAUUCAGCUCUCGUGUUACAAGUAUGGAUAACGAUAAAAGAUAUCCAUCGUAGUUGACAGAUGCGUGUACCCACUUUCCAUCGGAUUUUCAUACGUAGUGCGAAGUUGCGUGUGCCCGUUGCGAUAUCCAUCGAGAGUGCAAGUGAAAUGUAAAUAUAAGUAAAAUUACCGAUUUGUUUCUUUUCCGAAGUAAAAAGAAAAAAAAUUUAGGGCAAUAAUUAGUCAAUCGAUGUACACAGUAUGAAUAGUACGCACUUUUUUACUCGUCUUUCCUCCGCUCUCUCCUCCCCUUGUAUCUUAUCUGAUAACGAUAUAAUACAAUAUUAAUAAUAAUAUUAGAAAUACGUCCGCGUUUUUAUUAUGCAAAAGAAAUAAUCCGGAUCUUUUAAACUCACAUGAAACAACAAUACUUUAACGAUUCAAUUUUUUCAUAUUUAUAUAUAUGUGUACAUAUUUAUAUUUUAUUUAUAUAUAUAUUUAUUUAUAUAGAGAUCUAUAAUUAUAUAUAUAUAUAUAUAUAUAUAUAUAUAUAUAUAUAUAUAUAUAUAUAUAUAUAUUUUUUUUUAUUUCUAUAAUGAAUGCUUGGCCGCUCCAGAUGAUCCCCCUUUCGACGUUUCGAUAUCAAUUUUCGAUUCUGUCUCCUUUUUACUUUUUUUUUCUCUUAAUACUUUUCGUCAAUCCUGUCUCAGACGUGUACAAAUAUGAAAUUUCACUAGCUCUAAUUCCGUUGCGCUCAUGUUGGAAAUAUCUACCCAGGCUACUGAUACUCACGACUUGUUCGCUAAAUCUUUCCUCAAUAAAAGGAUAAACGAAUGUGCGAUAGACGAAAGGAAGAUAGUUACAAUUAUAUACGCGAAUAUAUAUAAAGCUUUACAUUGGAGUUUUAAUUUUAGUCUAAUUUUGGUAUACGAUCGAUAAGCAACGGAAAGUUAACGAAACACCUCCGCCCGCGCGUCUCGGCGACUCAUAUAAAAGUAUAUUUAUUAUUCAAUCGAUUGUUUUUCUUCAAAGACAAUAAAUACAGUUCAGAUAA